AUGUCCGCCCUUCCCGCAGACCGCAUUGUGCGGACUUUUUCACGCUUUAAAGGCCUACGGCUUGAAGCUGAGCAGUUACUGAAGUCUCUACAAGAGAAGGGAGAUGGAAACCAGUUUAUCGUCGUCCUCAAUCUGUCGGCACGAACAAUCAAAAAGCUCGAUGAAGAGCAUCAGAGCAGUCUAGGGGGCAUUAAUUAUCGCUUUCAGUGGGAGGGGACGACAGGGCUGAUCAAAGUGGUCCCGUCAGAGCGUCAUGACGGAAUCACAAACCAAAUCAGUCGAGCAAUCGACAUGAAGCUUAUUGCAAUGGGACUUAGGUGGUCAGAGAUGGUCUGGACUGGAACAUCUACAUAUAAGCCCACCGCUGGUGCAGGUAAACAGGGAGACCAAGCAUUCUUGCCACCAAUUCGCUGUCCCAAUGGGCUUCCCAGUGGGUCAUGGCCGACUUUUGUAAUCGAGACAGGUGUUUCCGAAUCCCUCCCUCGGCUUCGCGAAGACGCUAAGAGAUGGUUUAUCAUUUCCCAAGGUCUGGUGCGCAUUGUUAUCAUUAUGUCGAUUAAGUUGACCGAAGUCACCUUUGAAAAAUGGCAACUGGCCCCCACCAAUGCUCCAUGCCCACUCACUCGAGCAUAUCUUGAUGGACUCCGCACCCAGCCCCUCAAUGUUCCUCCACUUGUUACCCAGCCGAUUCCCACUCAGCAGCCAUACUCAGCGCAGGAGGUCUACGUCCAGCCUAACAAUGUUGUCGGGGCCCCGUUAAGUAUUCCAUUUGCUGCUAUUUACGACCGACCUCCAGGACCAGGGGAACAUGAUAUCCUUAUCAACGCCAAUGAUUUUCUUGAAAUUACUGAGAAGUUAUUCUGA